AGAGCAAAGUAUUUGGAGUGUUUCUGUUGGUGGUCCACCAUUUUACCCGACGAUGGUGCUUUAAAUAUCAUAUCAAAUGGUUCCACCAGAUGUUGAAUCUGGCUGUAUACUCUUACACUAACGUUUCCUUUCCGGAUAUUAGCGUAUUGAACAGAGGGAUUAACCUGCCCGCUUUACCCAAGGCCUAAUGCCUGUAAUGUGAGCUCAGAAAGAAUUGUUCAGCAGGCUGAGAAAACGCCUCGGGAAAGGCACAACACCUCGCUGCUGAGAAAUACCACCAAAAGCCCUUUAUGAGGCAGUGCUGAAGUAUAGUGUAUACCCUACAGCCAGUUUCUAACACGUUAGCAUAUUUGCAUUUUUGAGCUUCACCCAAAUUUCCUUCAUAAACCGUUUAAAAUUGGUUUUGCGCGCGAGCAGGCAGUUUGAGUCAGUUAUAUAACAAUACCAACCGACAUAGUCUUUUAAAUUUAGGCUAGCUAGCUAACAUAAUAUUGUCAUCCACUAGUUGAGCUAACAACAACUUUUACUUUUACUUGAUAAAUGAUAUCCAGUUUAGAUAUCUGUAUUUAGAGCUAAGACGGAAAUGAGUGUAGUUGAGUCAUCCUUCAAUGUUGAAGAUGUCUUCAGGUUUCCGCAGGCUCCUGUCAGGGAGAAAGACCUGAAAAUAGAAGAGUUGUUAAGUAAGCUGAGAAAGUUACAACAAGUCAAGCUAGUUCUUGAAGAGGAGGUGAAGGAGGCCCUUUUACUGACAAGUACUUUGCGCGAUGAAGACGAUGCAUUGACUACUGAGGUCUUAAAGCUACAGGGAAUUUUGAAUGAAAAAGAAGAGACACGCAGAUCUCUUCAGUUCAAAUGUGAGGACCUAGAACAAGAGUCACAGAAGCAGUCUGAACUGAAACAACAGAAAGAGGAACUUGUACAACAGUACAGCUGUCAGAUUCAGGAAACCAAACUGAGACACAGGAAAAUUCGGAUGAAGUUUGAAAAUCAACUGCAGCAGCUGAUUGGACAGCAUAAGAACUUGUGCGCUAUGUUUACUCCAGAGAGACUCCCUACUGAGGUACAAUCUGCUGAAUACACCACAGAACAGUUGCUGAAAGCUGAGAAACAGAAAGUGGAGCAGGUGGCAAAUUUGCAGAAAGAGCUGAGCAAUGCCCAGAGCACAAAUAUGCAUUUGGAUGCUGUGACACAGAUACAUGGUGAAUCUUUUUUACAUGUUUCACAUACUUGAGAGAGUGUUAAUGAUAAGAUAGCCAUACCUCUUCUCAGAAAAAGGCAUAUUAUUUGCUCAGUGAAACUGGAGAGACUGGGCUAACAUUACAGAAAUGUCAAUGUUAUUAGAACACUUUUUUUUUUUUCUCCAUUGUUGUUCACAUGCCAGUGUUGGCAGUUCUGGCUGAGCACAAGUAAAUAAAAAGUA